AUGGGUAAAAAGAAUUCCAAGCUAAAGCAAGACACUAUAGAUCGCCUUACGACGGAUACUUAUUUUACAGAAAAAGAAAUUCGACAAUGGCAUAAAGGUUUCUUGAAAGAUUGUCCAAAUGGUCUACUCACAGAACAAGGGUUUAUCAAAAUAUACAAACAGUUCUUUCCGCAAGGUGAUCCAAGCAAAUUUGCUUCUUUGGUCUUCCGAGUUUUUGAUGAAAAUAAUGAUGGCUCUAUAGAAUUUGAAGAAUUCAUCAGAGCACUCUCGGUCACGUCCCGUGGAAAUCUGGACGAAAAACUGCAUUGGGCUUUCCGACUUUAUGAUGUGGAUAAUGAUGGAUUUAUAACAAGAGACGAAAUGUACAAUAUCGUCGAUGCUAUAUACCAAAUGGUGGGACAGCAGCCUCAAGCAGAAGACGAGAAUACGCCACAAAAACGCGUUGACAAAAUUUUUGAUCAAAUGGAUAAAAAUCACGACGAUCGCCUGACGCUCGAGGAGUUCCGGGAAGGAAGUAAAGCAGAUCCACGAAUCGUCCAGGCCCUUUCAUUAGGCGGCGACUAA